UCGCCAAGCCGCAUCGCCUAAUGAUGACAAUAACGAUGCGCUGAUACGCCAGCAAAUUGCAGAGAAAACCAACGAGGGUUUCAUUGAGAGGGCGCUAGUUUUCUAGGGCAAUCAGAAGCUAGCGGAGGAGAACGCUUGGCAAAUGUGAAAGAAAAUAGCGGCAAAAUAACCAGGAUUGGAAAUAUCAAGUAAACCGAACUCGUCUGGAUGUAAUGACAGCUGAACAGAUGUCGGACGAACAUGAACACAGUACUAAAAAAAUUGUCAAUCAUGCUCUUCGAAAAAUUAGUACGGCAUCAGAAACUCCCUUUCCAUUUUGUCGGCUCUCGCCGUUAGUUGGGCCUGACUUCUCUGCGACGCCUUCGCUCCACGGCAGCUCAGUUGAUAUUUAGCGGAGUCCCUCACAUUGAUACGUGUCUCUAUGGCCGUCCCGCGGGACUCUUGUUUGUUGUGUCUACACACGACUAGAGCAGACAUCCACUCGCCAAAUGAAUCUCGCCCAGACGACGGACAACAAGAAGCCGACCAAAAACAUCACUCACCGAGAAAGAAGUCGGGCGCCAUCGAUGGAAACUCAAAUUCGCUAGUGAAAAUCGUUGUUUGGAUGCUCUGCGCGCCUUUGCCCACAGGUUUCAGUUCACCCCUGGGAUAGCUCUGUUUUUGGUGCGUGUGGUGGCUACUGUUGGAUUUGUGGGAAAGCUUUUGGUGGGGUCUGUUUCGCCGGUUACGCGACGGUCGGUGCUCGAUAAUAUAAACGCAUCUGGCGCCAGAUUUAGGUAAACCCCGGCCUAUACCAAGGACUGCAACAUGACGACUACGUCAGAAUCUUUGACUGAAGAACUGCUGUUCUUCGACACGUUCUCCCAUUGCGCCAGUGAGGAAUCGGGGAACAUGGAUCUCGUGCAGUUCCCUCAGCCCGUCGAGGUGUCGGAGGUAAGGGUAAUUCCGCUCGGCUGUCGAGUUCAGGCAGACUUCCCCGGUGGACACCCGCGUCUCGGGGCUACAAAUCCCUCAGCAUUUCAGUUGGAGCUCUUCGUGAACGAUUUAUCACGACGAAACUCGUCAACAUUCGUUCAGCUCGGUGAAUUGGGAUUCACACGGGAUGAGAUCCGAUUCGUUCCACGUCGGGUACCAACAGACGGUCUACUUAUCAAAGGCGGAUACACUACAAUCACUUUGGCCGUGUACGGGAAUCUCACUAGGCUUGAGCAGGAGAACACCCCGCCACAACAGCCGCAGCCAGUUCAUCAUCAUCAUCAGCAACUGCAACAGCAGCAGCAGCAACAGCAGCAGCAGCAGCAACAACAACAGCAGCAACAGCAGCAACAACAACAACAGCAACAUAUAGUUGCACAGCAGCAAGUCCAUAUACAGUCCCAACAACACCAACACGUCGUUCCUGCUCAACCGGAACAACCUCCUAUUAGCGGACAUAAAGUCGAGCAUGCAAUUGGCCACACGCACGUACAUCACUUGAAACAGCAGCAAACUCCAGCCGAACAGAAACAUACACCUGUGGAGGUACCUCUCGAGUGGAAAUCCGAAACGGAGCCACAACAGGAUGUACGACAGACACACGCCCAUUAUAAAGAUGGUGAAGCGCGGCAUCUGCGAGAGGUCAAAGAGCAGUCCGCCCAUUCAACGUCUAUCGUUAAAGAGUACAGAAACUCAGCCAGCUCUCCGCGGGACGACAAACGAAUUUCACAGUUGGCAGGACACAUAAAAGAUGAGCCUUUUGUGAAAGAACAACAUUCAAACGAUGACGGCAGAUUUACUCCACCUAGCGGCGGUCUUUCUGCUAAAAAGCGGAAACGACCCCGAACUCCACCGAUUCCAUGUGAAAUCCCGGCGGAGGCAACGUCAUCACCACCCCUUCUAGUAGGUCGUCUGCUAAAGGAGGAAAUUGACGAUCGAUCAGAUAGUGGCGGUGAACGGCGAGAUCGAAGCCGUCGAGAGGAACGGCACGGCCGCGACAAGGACAUCCGAGAGAUCAGGGACCAACAUGACAGACAUGAGUCGCGUCAUUCAAAACGACAAAGGAGCGGCAGCAGUGGUGGGGACCGAGACCGCGCAGACAGCGGGCGAGAGGAAUCCAGAUCCGAAUCUGCUAGAGUGGAUUCUGGCACAAGAGACAGCGGAAGGUCACGAGAAGAACGUGAGCGAGACCGGAGCGAUCGGGAGAAAGGUGAAGCAAAGGAUCGGGAUUCGAAGGAUGGUGGGAAAGACCGAGAAAGGGGAGAGCAUCGAGAACGGGACAAAGAUCGCGACAGGGAUAGGAGCAGGGAGGAGUCAAGGCGGGAGCGUCAGAGAGAUAGCCGAAAUACAGAUGGAGCUUCGCGAACCGAACGCGGAAAUGAGCGAAAGAGAAGCGAAUCGUCUGAUUCAAAGGAUGAAUUUUCUGAUGACCUCGAAGAGAUCUCGUCGGACGAUGAGCCUUUCGAUCCAGCUACAGCUAUGAUUGAAGAUUCACCUAAUGCUAGGGGAUCGGGACCCAGCCAGGAUGUCCUUGAGUUUAUUGUUGACCUGAAGCAACAACUUGAUGAAGAAGUGGGUUCAGCCAGUUUUCUUAGAGAAGGGAGACAUCUGUCACCAGGUCUGGACAGUGUUAGGCUUGAUGAACUAGUUCAAAGAGUAGAAGCUGAAGCCGUCGAAAGUCGAGGAGGUGAAAAAUUUGUGUUGGCGAUGGAGGAUGUCGCUAGUCUUUUCGGGCCAAACUCAAGGAUGGACCGCGUGCCGACUGUGGUUCGUCGUACGUUAAUACAAUGGUGUCGCGAUGGGUUGGACUUUGACCUUGCACUCGAGCAGAGCCAGCCAGCGUUCAAGGUACGUCACCUCAAAGCAGGUCUGCGGCUUGUGGCUGCUGUGAUGACGGCCUCUGAUGAGGAAACUAUGGCAGAACUGCUGAGAACUGAUGUAGCCGGAGGACACUUCCUACGUCUUUACCUAAAGCCACAUAUGUAUCUUCCUUUGAAGCUGCAGUUGGUUAGGUGUCUCGACAUGUUAAGCCGUUUCCAGUGCGGACUACGAUAUUUGAUGUAUCAUCGUUUUACAUUGACGUUUGGUGAUUCCGUCGAAGAAGAGUACACCUGCUACCAAGCCUUGGUUAAAGUGCUUUUGGAAAAUCCUUCCAGUCGACUCAGUGUGGCGUUGUCAUCCUUGCUAAGCAAAUUGCACUUAUGCGACCUGUGUGCAACGCUAAAAAACGUUGCUGUCGACCUGAUGAACAGCGAGCCCGAUAUGGAGCCAUCAUUAGACGAAGCUGCGAGCAUUCUCAAGCAGAUUUUUGACACUCAUUUAGAGGCGGGCACCACGAUGGGGCAGUACCCGAGAUCGCUGCCAGCCAAGGCAAAAUUCGAGUCGCCAACAUCUGUGGUUGAUCCAUACACUGGUCUAUACUCGAUGUAUCGUUACAACGAUCUGUUGGUAACGUGCUGUGUUUUGGCUGCUAGAAGCAAAGCGUUCCGCUCGACGUUAGGGAGCUUCCUCGAUGAGAUCAUGUCAACUAUGCCGGGAUGUCUUUACUUGCUCGAGAAACCAAUUCUGGUGCCCCUGUUAGAGCGACUGGUUCCAGAUGUUUCGGCGACACUGAGAUCGGUAGCGUUGAUAAGUACAGUAUUUGAACAGACCUCGAAAGAAAUGACAGAAGAUUUGCAUGAAGAUCUCGAUCAGAAUGAAAUUUUGGUUGGGGCACUACAUCGAUUGGCUUCGUUAACAUUAGAAAAGGCUAAUCCACGUCGAGUAGAGGGCCUCGUAAAAGCGUUUCUUCUCGAGAAUAACAUUGAAUCAAUUCUGCAGUUCGUGCAGAGACGCAACGGUGAACCGAUUAUAAAGACAACAGUUUGUUCAGGCUAUGCCGUUGUGCUUAUCAAAACCGUCGUACAACUUGGGACGCAUGUGGACUUCUAUGACAAGUAUCUCACCAAAUUAAUUGAGCUUUCAGAAACCAGUAGUCGACUUGACUCACUGUCGCCGUGGCUGGAGCCCUUGGCCAAACUCCAGUUUCCCUUAGAGCAUACCUGUGUAGCCCUGCUGGUGACAGGGAUCAAGGCAUAUAUGCAGGAAAACGCCUUGCUUUGCCCCCAGAUGAUCGCUUCGGUUCGAACACUGCGAGGUAUCUCGGCACCGGGAGACAUUCUGCGGCCUGAUGAACCGUUCCUUAAACAUCGAUAUAAUCUGGCUGAACUUUUCUCGCAGGAUGGUCUUACGGUAUUGUCACAGCUCAUCGAAAAGCUUUGCGAGUAUUACGCCGCGCCACUCGCAGUCAAGCUAGAACUCAGUUCAAAGGCCAAGGUACUUCGUGUGCUUCAGGUUCUCACUCCAGCGGUCGAAAUGGUAUCACAAAUGCUGAAGAUGGUUAUCUGUUGCCGGGGUGCUGCAUUCAAAGAUCUAACACCUAUACCAGUGCUGCUAAAUGCUUACCAGCUAUUCUGGAUGUUAGGCGAGGAAAGGCUGAGCUACAUCACAGUGACAACGUUGCUAGCGUAUACACAACCGACGCAAGAUGGCACAGAGACGGAGCAAACAUUAAACAAAAGCCUUUGGACGAUGAUGCUCAAGAAGGUUCUCGUGAACCUCCGAAGUGGACCAAAGGCAUUCGGAACAACGCUACAAGUUCUCUGCGAGCUGCUCCCACUCCCGCUGCCGAUGAAGGUAGAUCGGCCACUCGAAAGCGAAGAGGACGCAAAGAUUCUGAUUACAAAUCGCAAGCUCUGGUCCGUGCAUCUCGAUCAGUGUCGGUCCGAGCUACUCGAGUUAUAUCAGACGUUGAGUUCGUCAACGGAUCUUAACGUAAUUCGUAUGCUGGAACUAUUCACAAUACAAAUAUGUGACUUAAGUGCGCCAUCCUGUCAGAUGAUCCUGGAUAUCCUGUCCGAGACGAUUUCCACUUUUCCUAAAGAAGGUAUCGAUCAGCGCUAUCUUCAUGGUCCCCUGAGCUUACUUUCAAAGCUCUGCGAAAACCACCUUCCAGCGUCUGUUGGUGUCCUAUUGCUAUACGGCAAUUCAGAGUCAGAAACCAAUCCUUUACAAUCCGCAUUGAAGCUCCUGAACGAGUCGACACAGGAUGUUCCGGUUGUGUCAAGCAUACACUUAGUGCGAAGUGUGUUACUUAAGGCUCACAGGUAUUCGACAAAGGAGAUGACAUCAGGCCUGAUCAGGGCGCUUCUGGCGCACGCCGCUAGUGAAAGAAGCAAGCCCUCGACCAUCCUCGAAGUGCUCCGCAGUCUUAUCAGCAUGAAAACCGAGGACGUACCACACACAGGUGAAAUUCUGGGAGAGUGUAUUCCUUUAAUAUAUCAAGCUGCUGACCAGCUUGGUAACAAAUUCGCCGCCGAGUGCCAAGACAGUUUAAGUGGUUUACUAAGCUUAGUAGAACUCAUAAAGAAACUUGAGGAGAAGGCGUUACGAGACCUGAUGUUGUUGAAACCUACGGAAACUACAGCAGAUAAGCCGCAUCCUCUAGCUACGCUUAAGGACAAACUUAAGCAGGAAUCAAUUGAGGGACUGGAGACAACUUACAAUGAGCUACAAAUUGUUAUUGAUGAGCACCAGGAUGUGCAGUUCAGCGAUAUGGAGUCAACAACCUCAAGACCCGAUACGCCUGCUCCCGAGAGCAUAACGGCUCAGAAGAGCCUUGGCGAAAUCUUUGAAGCUGAAAGGGUGGUAUACAUCAUCGAUGACAUACCCGACGUCGAUCUCGACGCUACCAGACUCCUACGUGUAACAUCCGACCUAGAUGAAUACCAGCGCGAAUGUUCACUGCAACGUGAUACGCUACUUAUCGAAACCGAUCUUGUCGCCAUCUCCGAGACGUGCACAAUGUCCGAACUAAGUUUGCGGGCCGAACUCGAAAAAAUGCUCGCUCGAACCAUUAAGCAGGAGCCGCUUUUCGCUCUGCCGAAACAUCAUCGAAGCACAGGUCAUGGGUCGGGUUCGGAAGAAGCGAAAAAGCAACAACCCUUUGUGGCUCCUAUGCGCGCUAAUGUGGCCCCAUUGAUGAUGGCGAGACAGUCUCGUGCCAAUGACCCCUUCCGGUCACGUCCGCCAAAUACUUCCCGUCCGCCAUCAAUGCAUGUCGAUGACUUCGUCGCCAUGGAAAGCAGUGGCUCGUCAAGAAAUUCGAUGCUGUCGAUCCAUCGACCAAAUGAACGAUCUCGCCCUAUGGAACGAUCCAGAGGACCACCUCGCAACUUGAAUUGGCAGUCAAGUGGACCAGCUCAACGAUACUUCUAGCCUUUCUCGUACCCUACUUUAAGUACUAACGAAGUGCGGUAAUUCGACACGACGGCUCCGUUCGUCAGCAAAGGAGAUUACAGAAAUCGGCGACUAUCCACUGCCAGUUUAACCACAAUGCGAAGUGCGUUUUCUCCUUUGAAUGGGUAGAUUUGCAAUAAAUGUUUGUGUGAACCCUCAGCGUCAUGAACAAGCAAACGGCAUAUGUCGCUCGUCCAGAUAAAUACUAUUAUGUGUGUAGUAGGAAAAAGAACAAAAAAAUUUGAAGGAAGUUACGUAAUUCGUGCCGACAAAUAGGUGACGCUUAGAAGGGUUAUUUCAGCGCCGGUGAUUAGUCGGCUAUAGUGUUGGCAGAUCAUUAAGGAAGGUUUAGUGAGCGAACGAUAGGGCUUCGCCAGUAAAGAGGCCGGUAUUCUAAACAUGCAAGGUUGAUAUUCCAGAUGCAAAUCGUCACCUGUCAAUCAGUUACAUUUUGUAACAAAAUCUAUUACAAACAAGUACGAUUGCAGAUGUUGUAACAGGCGACUGAUGGUUCUAAUCGAAUUAGGUUAAUGUUCUCGAACAGUUAGCUAUUCAACAAAUGUGGAAAUAUGACAGAAGGAAAUGUGGAAAUAUGACAGAAGGGUAACCCGAAGCGGGUAAAACGAACUUGGUUUCCUAUUUUUCUAGGACGGAAAAUAGGAAGCCAGCCUAGUAAAGAAGCUUGUGAAUUCAGUAAUAAUAGGGUUGUAGUAUAGCAGCAGUCGUAUUGGCGAUUAAUGUACUUCACCCCUAUUGUUAUGCGUAUAUCCUUGUGAGAACGUGGAAUGAGACGAAUUCGUAGAACGAAAUAGAUCAAAAAUAGAUAGAUACAGGUGUCACAGUAAAAGUUUUAUGUAAAAUGUGUAAAUACACAGUAAAAAUAAAUGAGGAUGGGCUGUGGGGUGCGAGAAAGGCAGUAAAAUGGACAAAUAUUAAGUAAAUAAGGAAAUAAAAGAUUAUUUUAUAAUAUUGGAGGUGAAUGUUUCGUCUACCAGUAUUUCGGUUCCGCGUCGGGCGGUGACAAUUGUAGAAUGAGAAGAGAUUUCUUUUAGGUAAAUUAGAAUCUAUAUUUUGUAAUGUAAUUUAUUUCGUGUUUAACUUUUAAUCAUACUUUUUUAGCGUAUUUUUGUCAAUAAAUUGUAAACAUGUUUCCGAACAUGUUUUAC